UUCAGAGCCAACUUUUCGGGGGGGUUGGAUUAAAUACGGGGAUCACCGUUGCUUGCGGCAACGAAACCAGCCUCCCUCUAUACGAGUACUGUACCUGCGCCACGCAUUAUCCCCCCCCCCAACCACUCUGCCCACUUAUCUGCGUACUUUCCCCCUGACCUAUCAUCUAACCUAUCCUGCUUCCUCUCCUUGCUGCUCCCCCCUACGGCCAAUUAAUCUCAAGCUCAUAUCCGCCCGUUGCUGGACCUCCCGCCGCAAGAAACCAUUCGUCCAAAGGUCCUGCAGUUGGCAAAUUGUUUCUGCUAUCCAGCCAGUUGAAUUUCCGGGGGUCCAUAGAGCCAGUCUCUUCCUCCCUCUCCCUCUCAAUUUUCUCAAGUCCCCUACCACGCUACUGCUACCUUACAUCUUACACCUCCGUCACAUUCUCACGAACUCGGUUUUAAACAAGUUUGUUUAUUCUUCGUUCCUUCCACUUGACUGGAAUUGUGCGGAUUUUGUCCCGCCGCCGACGGGUUAUCGGGUGCUGAGAUUGUAGGAAUCCGGCAACACGAUGCCUAGGGCAGGAAUUAAGGAAGCUCAUCCCGCGGGAAUCUGGUCUGAUCUUUCAGUAGAUGGACCGGAAAUUGGGGAACUGGUCGUUAUAUUGGAUAAGGCUAAAAAUCUCCCCAACAGGAAGAAAAUUGGCAAGCAAGAUCCCUACGUUGUAGUCCGUCUCGGGAAGAAUGCACAGCGAACAGAUGCGGAUGUACGUGGGGGCCAAACACCUCGGUGGGAUGAGGAGCUUCGUUUCAAAAUACGGGAGUCUCCUGAUUACAAGACUCUGAAAAUUACCGUUUUUAAUGACGACAAGAAAGCUGAUCUUAUAGGGGAGACUACCCUUAAGAUAGAUAAGAUCUUGGUUACAGGAGGCGGAAUCAAUGAUGGCUGGAGAGAAUUGAGAUGUAAGGGCAGGUAUGCUGGGGAGAUCUUGGUUGAACUCACCUAUUACGAUGGCCCAGACAGCGAUGACCCAGACAACGUUGAACCGCCAGCGGAGAAGAAAAGGACGCGGCGGGAUUUGGGAGGAAAGGAGAGGGAAAGGGAGAAGGAAGCUGCGAGAAAGGUUGGAGGUGCUAGGGAAAUGGUUAGUUCCAGGGAUAAAUCCGUAAAGAGGCGGCCCUUACCACCGGAUCCUACCCGGUCUUCAAAGGAGGAUGUCAGCCGGCCAGUGCCCGUACCAGAAAAGCGUACCAGACAAUCGAGGCAUUCCUAUCGCUCCGGGUACGAGGACAACCAACCUCACAACCAGCAUUCAUAUCCUGAACCUCAGCAUCCCCACCAUCGGAAUCCCAGAGGCUCAUCCAUGGCUAUGGCACCCGAUCAUUUGCCGGUCGCUACGGGAGCUUAUGACCCCUAUGGAGAUGAUCACAUUCCCGGGGGAGACAUGUUUGGCGGAUUUGAAGAUGAUGACCCUCAUGGGCAACCUCCUCCCCCUCCUCCACCUAUCCACCGAAGGCAUUAUGAUGCGUCACCUGUCCACCACUCGCCUAACCCCCCGUACCCUCACCAACAAACUGUUCACAAGAGGCACAAAUCGCAGCAUCAAUUAAAGCAUCACCAGAGUGUCCCGGAUUGGCAACACCACCAACAGCAAUCCCAUAGUCCAGAUCCUCGCGAGCGCGAGAUGCAUAGGAGUAACAGUUACGACCCACGGUUGUCGGCUCAGGAUCAAUACGGUGGUUCUUAUCCCGGACCUCGCACUCGUUACCAUGGGCAGGAUGACUACGACGAGUAUGUGCAUUCUCCAAACGCGGUUGCUUCAACAGCCCAUCUGCGACGAGAGCGUCCGCUCACCUACCACGGUGAGAGUUCUGGACCCCCCUAUGGACCUAGUCCGGCAAGCUCUUUUGAGGACUCCAGAGAUGAAGACGAUGCUCCUCCUCCGCCCCCUCCACCCCACGGACACAGCCCUGCUUCAGCGCGUUUUGAUGAGCCGAACUGGGGGAAUCACACGCCGAAGACGAAGGAAGAGGAGGAUCUUGGGCUCCCAAGCUAUGAGCUUUCUACACAACUCGCCCACCGACGAUCACAUAGCAACAUGAACGCCCGUGCUCUCGAGGUGCAAAUGCCUGCGGUUGGGGUUGAGACUCCACCCACUAGGAAUGGGAUGCCAAUUCCUCCCAGUCUCGUGCCCGGUAUUGACCCACUCGUAGCGGAGCAAAUGUCUGGAAGAAUUGAGGUCGAGAGGAGAUUGAGCUUUGUGGACACGUCUAAAGGGCCACUGCAAAUAGAGGGUCCUCCUCUGUCCCACUCACAGGCGAUGCAGCAUAGAUCUAGUCAGAACUACCACAGGCCUCAGGUCGAGGAGGUUCAAGACGUGCAACUCUAUCAACCGCAGUUACUUCCCGAAGAUCAAGUGGUGGGACGGCCGGUGACGGUGAGAAGGGGCCGUGAACCGAGAACCGCGCCUAUGGUCAAGCCUAUGCCUAUUCACGGGGAGCGGGAUGAUGUGGUGCCUGUAGUUGGGGCGACCACAAGCUCGGUCAGGCGGAACUCUACUGUGGCUAUGGUUAUUCCUGAGCGGAAGCCGGUACCUCCCGCCGAGCCAGUAUUCGAUGGACUUCCUUUUUCGCCCGAUUCUUUCGAUCUGAUCAACCCGGGUCCCAGCGCCUCCCUAGAGGCUGCUAUCAAUGGCCCAGGUCCCACCUAUAACACUCCCCAACAAGCAGAAGAGACUGCUAGAAGGUGGAAUGCGGAAUCCAAGAGAGGGAAGCUACCAAGUAAGAUGAUUGUUCCUGGGACCAACAGGGUUUUGGAUGGUACCGAUGUUCUGCCACCUGAGAGCUUUGCCCCCGAACCCGAAAGGCGAGGAGGCAGAAGCCCACGCCCACCUCCACCGGUGCCGGCCGAGUAUCGUCGCCACAGCACGGGGAGACAGAGGAGUCCAAGUCCCCAGCCGCCAAAGAGGGGAGAGAGAUUAGCUCUUAUCGGCCCUGUUCCCCCACCGCUCCCUAAGAAGGUCAGUAUCCGGACCCCUUCUCCCCAGCCUGGCCGGAGUGAAAAGGAGCGGGAGAGGGCCAAACUCCAAAAGAGGCUCAGGAAUUCCCAGAGUAUGGCUGCCCUUCCUAGUAACAGUCGGAAGCAUGCCAGCUCGCGUGACAGGCACUCGAUUGGGCCUGGCGCAAUGGUCAUGUAUAACCCGGGGAGCGAAAGGGAGCGGCAGAUGGAGAGAGACAGGGACUCCCGAGCUCUCGUCCCGGCCAAGGGCAAUGACAGAUAUGGCUACAAUUCAGACCAGCCAAGAGGAGGUAGAUACAAGCAGCAUCUGCCAGCUCCGCCUCUUCCCGCAAAAAUCCCAAUCAAUACGGCCGGUAUGAGCAGGGAAGACUACCUCCUAAGCCAGGAAAUGAGUCUGAUCAGCAUCGGGCCUACUAGUGGAGGACGCACCCGCAGGGGGCGGUGAUUUUCCAGGGAAAUAAAGGACGAGUAGGAUUGGUUGGUGUUUCUUUGAGCCGGAGUUUUUUCUAUCAGAGAUCUUGAGCGAGCGCAGCGGAUAAAUGUGGACUAAAUGAAAUGAUCUGUUGGGAUGAGAGAAUAAUGAUAACUGCGGUU